GGAGGAGGAGGUAAGAUAUCGGACACCAGUCACACUCUCCUCCCCCCUCCCCCCUUACAUUGGCACCAAGGCUAACCGAGGUAUUAAAUAGAGUGCCAAGGAAAGUAGAAAUGCAGACGCAGAACCAGACUUCUUUGGGCGACUAGCAGUAAAAAAGAUGAACUUAUGGCUGACCAUCCUCUUGGCUGCGGCGACCUUGCUGAUUGGCCAAGCUGCGGGGAAGCCAGCUGGUUGGUACCGGAGGCCGAACGGGGUACAGAAGAACAGAUACGUACAGAUGAGAAUCUUGGCCCAGAGGUACUUAGACUACCUUCAAUAUCAGGAAAGUCUCGGUCAUUACGGGCACGAAUACGGACACGAAUACGAACAUGGACACGACCACGGAUAUGGACACGGUCAUGAGCUCGACCACGGAUCCGGACACGGUCACGCAAACGACCUCGACCACGGAUCCGGACACGGUCACGUAAACGACCUCGACCACGGAUCCGGACACGGGCACGGACAGGAACACGCACAUGGCCAUGACUGCGUACACAGCCACGCACAGGAGUCUAGUUAUUCAAGCCAUUAACGGAAAAUCUUGGCAGUAAGGUCGUGAUUACCUUGUCUACCCCGUGUUACUUCAUCCAUCUGGUAUCUCUCUCACGACAGUCGUAUGUAUUGUGUAUGUACAGUAGUACCUUCUGCCAUAUUAUAAGUGUAUAUGAUGCUUUACAAAUGGCAUAUGAAAGCUGUCUAUCGUAUCUAGUGUUUUUUUCUCGAUAGAUAGAUUACAUCCGUGAUUCUUAACCUUUCUUUUUUUUUUUUUUUUUUUUUUGCCUCCUUCAAGAAUUUCUCCUUCACAUAGAUCAAUAAAAUUUCCCUUCAGAUUUUAAAUAAAGUUAUAAAUCUGUUCCUAGUAUUUUCACAGAGUAUGUAUUAAAUUUUUAAUCUUCUCAUUAUCUGACCUAAUGAUAAAAAAAAAAAAAAAAAAACAUAAUUAAAGAUUUUAGACAAACGCUCCCUUUAGGAAUUACUAACGCCCCCUUAGGUUAAGAAUCAAUGGAUUAAUAUACAUCUCAUGUACCUUUGUCAUACAGGUACAUUACCUAAUUCUUUUCUUUGUGAAAAGGUAUGGCCUUACUGUACAAGGUCUCAAAUUAUACUGUAUCAUUACGUAUAGAUAUGUACGACGUUUGAAUUCUGUUAGUGUUGAUGCUGAUGAUACCAUGGGCCAGUUAGGCAAGAAAUACGAUGAUUUUUUAAAUAAAUUAUUUAUUUGCAA